GCCAGGGCUCGCAGGCGGCCGCAGCUCCCCGGGCCGCGCCGGCCGGCUGCGGGCCGCUAUGGCCAGUUACAAGCCGGUGGUGGUUCCGGCGCAGCCCCGGCUCGGCGAGAAGGUCACGCAGGACACGCUCUACUGGCGCGGCUACAAGACCCCUGUUCAGAUAAAGGAAUUUGGUGCGAUAAACAAGAUCGACUUCUCCCCAGUUUCUCCAUAUAACUAUGCUGUCACAGCCUCCUCAAGGAUCCACAUUUAUGGUCGUUACUCUCAGGAACCAGUCAAAACUUUUUCUCGCUUCAAAGAUGCUGCCUACUGUGCCACGUAUAGAGAUGAUGGCAAACUGCUUGUUGCUGGCAGUGAAGAGGGUAGCAUUCGACUCUUUGAUAUCAGUGGAAGAGCACCACUGAGACAGUUUGAUGGUCAUACUAAAGCUGUUCAUGUAGUGGGCUUCCUGUCAGACAAAUACCGAAUAUUUUCUGGUGGUGAUGAUUAUUCAUCGAAUUUGUGGGAUAUUCCAAGUGCUACAGAAAUUGUGUCGUACAAUGAACAUACAGACUACGUGAGAUGUGGCUGUGCAAGUAAACUGAACGCAGAUGUCUUUAUAACAGGUUCCUAUGAUCACACUGUGAAAGUAUUUGAUGCACGAACUAAAAAAAGUGUCAUGACAAUAGAACAUGGCCAGCCUGUGGAGAAUGUGCUUCUCUUCCCUUCUGGUGGGCUUCUAGUAUCUGCAGGAGGUCGAUAUGUCAAAGUUUGGGAUGUACUAAAAGGUGGACAAUUACUAGUUUCACUUAAAAAUCACCAUAAAACUGUAACUUGUUUAUGCCUGAACAGCUCUGGACAAAGGUUACUGUCAGGAUCCCUGGACAGGCAUGUGAAGAUUUACAGUACCACUUCCUACAAAGUAGUCCACAGUUUUAACUAUGCAGCAUCAAUCCUCAGUCUUGCAUUGUCGCCUGAAGAUGAAACCAUAGUUGUAGGUAUGACCAAUGGGGUACUACAUGUUAAACAUAGGAAACCUGAAGAAAGCAAAAAAAAGUUGCAAAAGAGGAGACAGCCAGCGUAUAGAACCUAUGUAAAAGGAAAAAAUUACAUGCCAAGACAGGAGGACUUCUAUGUCAGUAAACCUGGAAAAUGUGUUUUGAGGAAGUAUGACAAGCUGCUGAAGAGCUUUCAGUCAUCGAAGGCCCUUGAUGCGGUACUGGAGCCCCACAUCAGGUUGUAUACUCCUGAAGUUACAGUUGCAGUCAUGCAGGAACUAAAUCGAAGAGGGACACUAAGGAGUGCGCUUGCAGGCCGAGAUGAGAAACAAAUUAGUCUCCUCCUUACCUUUGUGACAAGGCGUGUGAUUGAGCCUAGAUUUACUCCUGUACUGGUAACUGUUGCAGAUAUGAUCACUGACAUUUAUCAGCCUGUGGUUGGACAGUCAGCGCUUGUUGAUAAACAGUUCUUGAGACUCCAGGAAGCCAUAGGAAAAGAGAUUGACUAUCAAGAGGAACUACUAGAAGUUUUGGGAAUGAUGGAUGCACUGUUUGCUACUUUGACUAAGAAAAAGGCUGCUUACCUAGAAGAGAACAAAAGUAAUGGUAUUACAAAGGCUCUCGAACAAGAUAUGAAUAACUGACUGGCAACCAUCACAACGAACUGUCACAAAAACUGCGUAGACUUGAAAUAAUGACCUGAUUUCCUGGUAACUUUUUAUAAUAGCAGCUUUCAAAAUGCCCCCUCUCUGCACAAGUUCUCUUGCAGAGUGUGUUUUUUGAAGAAGCUGAAUUAUUGAAGACAGAGGAAAAAGGGACUCUUUCAAGAUUUUUCCAUGUAAUAUUUUUUUGAGUAACUGAAUUUUAAAGUUUUAUUCCAAAGCUAUUUAACUUUUAAAGUAUUUUGUGCAUCCAGUACAAAGUCAUUAUUUGAUUUAGAGAAACAGUCAACAACUUCCACUUUUUACUCAUCAAAAAAUAAUUGAGGUUUGUCUAAUUUUAAUGUGUAUUCAGCCUUAUAUAAGAAUUGGUUAAUAUCCAAUCUCAGGUACUUGGACACAGGAAUAAAACCAAGUGUAAGUUUGAUAUAA